GAUGAGGUCAACUUUUCCCUACAUCCGCCAUUUCAGUCCAGGAGGUUCUUGUUGCACAUUGCUUUAUUUAUAUUGUUAUUAUUAUUAUUAUGAUUAUUAUAUAUAUAUUCAUUUUUGUUGUAUCAUUUAACGUUAAAGCAGUUUGAUAUGCUUCUGUGGUGGAACAGUGAUUCCGUCAUUCUAAACGUCUUAAUUUCACUGCAGGAAUUUUCUUAAAUCGUGUUAUUACACCGUACGGACAGAGGUAGUGAGACAAAGUUUUUUUGUAUGAGUUGCGGAUAGGGAGAGGCGACGGGGAAAGGCCUCAAGCCUCGGGCAGGAUUUUACAGCCAUGGCCGGUAAUUUUGAUGCCGAAGACCGAGCUAGCUGGUACUGGGGAAGGCUAAGCCGUCAUGAAGCCGUUUCUCUCCUACAGGGACAGAGACAUGGUGUUUUCCUGGUCAGAGACUCUAUUACCAGCCCUGGUGACUACGUGCUGUCCGUUUCAGAGAACUCCAAAGUGUCCCAUUACAUAAUCAACAGCAUCAGUAACAACCGGCAAACUGGCUCAGGUUUAGCAUCUCCUUGGUUUCGAAUUGGGGAUCAGGAGUUUGAGGCACUGCCAGCUCUACUGGAGUUCUAUAAGAUCCACUACCUAGACACCACAACACUGAUAGAACCUAUAAGUAAGGCCAAACACACAGGAUUUGUCAGCUGCUCUGUAGCCGGUAUACCUCAGCAGCCCGAGGAGGCAGAGUUUGUCAGGGCACUCUUUGACUUCCCUGGCAACGAUGAGGAGGACCUCCCCUUCCGAAAGGGAGAUAUCCUACGAGUGCUGGAGAAACCAGAGGAGCAGUGGUGGAAUGCUGCAAACCAGGAGGGUCGGGCUGGGAUGAUCCCAGUGCCCUAUGUGGAGAAGUACCGGCCUGCAUCGCCUACCAUUGCAGGUGUGGACACCACCCCUGUGGCGAGUGGGCAGGGUGUGGCUGUUGGAGGUGUAGCGGGCAGCACAGAUGUAACAGGGGCCCCCCAACCCAAUCCUCUGGGAGACCCAGGGCAGUAUGCUCAGCCUGUGGUCAACACACAGCUUCCAAACCUCCAAAACGGGCCUGUGUAUGCCCGGGCCAUUCAGAAGAGGGUGCCCAAUGCCUAUGACAAGACCGCGCUCGCUCUAGAGGUGGGCGACAUGGUCAAAGUGACGAAGAUCAACGUGAACGGCCAAUGGGAGGGUGAGUGCAAGGGUAAACGAGGCCACUUUCCCUUCACUCAUGUACGACUGUUGGAACAGCACCAUCUUGACGACGAGAGCUGAGGAACAUCCAUGCUCAGCCUCUCCUAAUGCAACCCUUUUCUCGAUCACUUCAUCAUACCCAGAACGCAAAAGAAUUCUACAAGCAUGUUAUAAAUGGACGUCACAGCAAAACUGGCUAGAGUAACAUAAGUCAGCUGACCCCCCUAUAGUGACCGUCAAUUAAACUCAGAAUUUACACUAAGGUUGGACUGAUAUCACUUUAUUUAAGUUACUGGUGGCUUCCUUCCUGAUCACAAACAUUUACUUUCUAAAAUCAGUAAGCAUACUUCUGUUUAGGUAAAUGGCUACAUUUAUAGAUGUUAUAUUUACUGAUAAAUAAUUUUAGAGGAACAUACCGUAUUGUGCAGAGCCAUAUGGGGAGAAUUAGUUCAGAUGAAUGUCCAUUUAGCCUCUAAAGAAAAUGAUAAUAGAUUGUCAGUAAUUUCUGAGGUAAAUGCAAACUGGUGUGGAUUUGGUGAUUGUGAAUUAAUGAUUUCUGCAUGCUAGGGUUGCCACGGUUGUAGCUCCCUUAAUCUUUAGUGUCCACAUGUUCGGGUGUUGGCUGAAGGGUUUUUCCCUUUUUUCAUUUUCGAGAUUGAAUAUUUGGGUAAUUUUCAGAGGCCUGAUUCCCAAAUUGUGACAGAAUGGGAUACUUACUUUAGUCUUUAUCAGACCUAGCUUAUGCUUGUAAUACUCAGUAGUUGGCUACAAUGACAGAUGUCAAGUAAAGCUGUUAGUCUCUGUUUUAUAUGCCUCUAUACAGAACUAAUAGCUAACAACACAUCAUGUUGUAUAUGGUUGUGAUACCUGCAUAUGAUGCAGUAGUAUUUCCUCAGUUCACAAUAGUGUCAUUAAAAAUACUCAAUGAAUCCAGAUGAAAGAGAGAAAUGGAAGCAGGUAGAGGUGGCAGUGUUUGCCAUCAGUAACCAAUAUCAGUCUAACCUUAGUUUACAUACCAGUAUUGUAGUCAGUGCCAUACAUCAAAAUGUACAAAGUAGAGUUGGCCGACUCUUCCCUUCCUAUGGUAUCUGUACCUGCGCAUUAAGUUUCAUUCAUGCCCAAAAGGAAAGGAAUAAAAACCAACUCAUUACACACCACAAGCAGAACCCUCUGCUUCAUUAAAUCAGUGCGUGUUUGGAGGGCCAGACUGUGAAACAACGUCCUGACCAAGGAAAAAGAUGCUCCCCCUCUUCCUCAGCGAGACAACCUCGCCAACUUUUUACAUCCCACACUACAGUCUGAGUCUUCUUUUUUUGUACUAAAUGUGGAAAUAUUAUAGAAUUGAUUAUACACACCUUACAUGCAACAGUUGUACACUUUGUUCCUUGUGUUCAACUUAACCGUUUUUGUACCACAGUUUUAUUUUUGUUUAUUUUAAACUUAUUUCAGCUAGCAUGGAUGACUUGCAAUGCAGCAGAUGAGGCUGUGUAUAGGAGCGGAGAUAUGAAAGAGUGUUUUAGAUUAAAUUUUUUGUCUUCCAGCAUCGUUGUAGUUGUGAUGCUGCUUUUAAGGUCAGGUCCAUCUUAAAACACUAAUGAAACUACAGUUUAUGUUGAGGUAGCAAAAGAAAAGCUUCAAAUGUCCUAUUUAGUGCCACUGAUCAUGAACUGUGAAUUGAAAUUUCUCUUAAUCUGCAUUUUUUGUAUGGAAUACUUGCAUUAAUUACUAGGGAUGUAUUGAUCCAAUAUUUUGGGGUCUGAUACGGACCCGAUACCAGGACUGCUGAUAUCUGCCAAUACCGAUACUGACCGAUCCAGUACUAUUGUUAAAUUUAUUUUUAUUAUGAACAGUGAGAAAGAAACUGGGGAUUAAUUAAGGUAAUAUCAGUCACUUUUCACUCUUAAACCUCAAGUAAGAAAUACCUGUGAAGAGCAAUUUGUCACUCGUUUUAAAAAACGUGUACCAGUCAUUGUAUCAAAAACAGUCAAGAGAAAAAGAAAUGACAAUGAAAAUGUGUCUUUUAAAUGAGACACCCAACUGGUCAGGAAACAGAAUGCCUGUACUUAAGAACAUCAAAUGAGAAAAUGUAAACAUAGACGAGUUGGUGGUUGAGUAGAGUCAAUCAUAAAACAUAUUUACCUUCUCAGUUAACCAGAGGUAAAGCAGCUAUAGGGGCUAUCACUGUUAAGAAACUUUUAGUGCAAAAAGGAUCAUAAAUCCAGCUUAAUUUACCCUUUAAAUAACAUAAAAAUAAAUGGGGUCUUUACACAGGGUACCGCCCCCCGUUGAGAAACACUCUUAAUAGUCCAACCACUUGCAUUUCGACAUGGUAAUACCCGUGACAAGGUAAGACAACAAUAUAUGAUAAUUAGCAAGGCUUUGAGCAAGCCAUGCACCAUUUUUGUUUGGCCAUGCUUUUCAAAAAUUAACCAUGCACAUCAUGGGUACAUGGCUUGCUGCCUAAUAAACUGCACUCAUUAAAGUUAACUGCUUGGGCUA